AAAUCAGAUUUGAUUGUAAAAUCUGUGCCUUCUAACGUUAUUUGAAAAAAAAUAUAUUUGAAUCCUAGUUACAUGGUUUUCGUCCGUUUCGCGGUCUACAAGACAGUUCGUACUUCGUAGACAGAUACGAAAUUUAUGAACCGUUCUCGCAAUGGAUUUAAUUGCGGAAUUGAUGCAAGAAGUUACUCUUAACAAUUUCGAUGUUGGAUCGUCGACAUGGGUUGAUGUUACUUAUAUCAAUAAUCCACACAGUUUUUACGUUCGACCAACCUCGUACAGAAGUUUUUUAUCUUCAAUGCAAAUUCAUGGUCAGAAACUUGAGCAGCAAGAUCUGCAGUUGAGUAUGAAUAUAGUUUAUUAUUCUAAAACACUAAAGCACUUUUGUAGAGGUUUAAUUUAUCAUAUAGAUACAGCAAAAAAGAAUUGUACAUGUGACAUAUAUGCCAUUGAUUAUGGUUGUGUAGAGAAAUCUGUCUCAUUAAAAAAUAUGUAUUCUCCUCUCCUUGAGCAAGGUUUGCCACCUCUAGCAACUCACUGUCAAUUGGCAAAUUGUGAACCUAAGAAUGGCUUGUGGAAUGAAAAAGAAAUAGAUGCUAUGAAAUGUUAUAUAGGGACAGAGAAGGCAAAGUUAAUAGUAAAAGGGAAGACAAGUCUUAAACUAAUUGUCGAAUUGUAUAACUCUUGUCCUGAUGAUAUAGCCACAAUGCUAGCAUUAACGGGUUAUUCAACCAUGGGCUAUAAUGAAAAUGUUAUUAGCCGCAUUCCUAAUUUCAAACAAGAAAAACAUUACUAUACCUACACAAAGAUAGAACCAGGAAAUAUUUUACAUGUUAGAACUCAAUCAGGAAAAGAACUUAAUAAUUUCUAUGUCGCAAAAGUUGAUGAUUAUUAUGACUACUCUAAGAAUAUAAAUAAUUUUCUUGCAUAUUCUAAGCAAGCACAAAGUUUAAGGUCAGAAGAUAUGAAAGAAAACAAACCUGUAAGUGUUUAUGUACCACAUUUUGUAAGAUAUGAACGUGGCAUUAUACAAAAGAUUACAGUGUCUGAAGAAAAAGCUUUGGUACAAUUAGUUGACUGGGGUUUUGUUAUUGAAGCUGAUGUGUCUGCAAUGAAGCCUAUGUCGGAAUAUUAUUUUUUAAAUCCUGUAAUUGCUAUUUAUUGUACAAUAGAAAAAAGUAAACAAUUUGACGCUAGCUUAAAGAAAUUCCUACACACAGGUUGUGAGUUUCUUAUUAAAAUUGAAGAGGUUGGAAAUGAAUUUGAUAAACCUAAUAUUGUUAGUUUAUCUCCAUUACCCAAACAAAAAUAA